AUGACCAGCCUUCAAAGUUUUACAGAUAUAUUGGAUGAGGAGAAAGAUAAUUCUCCGCCAUUUUCCUUUCCGACAUCGGGUACCACUAAUUCAGAUGAUCAGAAUGUGGUAAACAAUGUUAACAUUUUAAAUAAAACUCUCAAUAGACCACCAAAACACACAGGAGAACGCCAAGGUCUAAGAAGUGUUGAAGAAAUAGAUCCAAAAUACAGAGAUGUAUUUAGCUUCCAACAUUUUAACGUCGUGCAAACUAAAGUUAUUGAAGACGCUUUAUAUUCUGACAAAUCUUUGGUGGUAUGUGCUCCGACUGGAUCCGGAAAAACGGUUAUAUUUGAAAUGGCCAUCGUCCAAUUGCUCAUGGAGAUAGAGGAUAAAAAUAUCGAUGAAGAUUUUAAGAUUAUUUACAUGGCACCAAUCAAAGCCAUAUGCACGGAAAGAUUAACAGAAUGGUAUCCAAAAUUUAGUAAAUUUAAUUCGUUAUGCAUUGAAGUGACAGGCGAUACUGAUGUUGAUUUCUCACAGUUGAAACCUUACAGGAUUAUAAUAACAACGCCGGAGAAAUGGAACAUGUUGACAAGACGUUGGCGUGACUACAGAGGUAUGGUGGAAGUUAUCAAAUUGUUCUUAAUAGAUGAAGUUCAUAUACUGAACGAUGUCACUCGCGGUCCUGUUUUAGAAGCCGUUGUCAGUCGGAUGAAGACGAUUCAAUCUUCAAUACAAUCUACUUAUCGAAUAGAGCAACUUCAAAAACAAAAACAAGGCAAUAUAAAUAUAGCACAAAUAGAGGCGAAUGCGCCUAAAAUAAGAUUUGUUGCGGUUUCCGCAACAAUUAGUAAUCCAGAAGAUGUCGCUGAAUGGCUUGGCACCACUAACAAAACCGCUGUAUUUUAUAAGUUUGGAGAUGAAUGUCGUCCGGUGAAGACAAAACGCGUAGUAGAGGGCUACCCCUGCCCAGUAGGAACGAGUAUAUUUAAAUUUGAUAUUACCUUAAACUAUAAAUUGUGGCCCAUCAUUCAGAAAUAUCAUGAUAAUAAGCCAACAUUGAUUUUCUGUAACACGCGAAAGGGCGUUAUUCUAACGGCGGAGGCUUUAUCCCGUGAAAUAACAUUAAGAUUUAGCGAAGAACAGAAAGCGAAACUCACAGCUUUGGCUUCCGCUAUUAAGACUAAGAAAAUCCAAUCACUAGUAUUGUGCGGCAUCGGUUGUCACCACGCUGGCUUGCUGUUCGAAGAGAGGGUGAACAUAGAGAGAGCAUUUCGUAACAGCGACUUACCAAUACUAAUAUCCACUACAACGCUAGCAAUGGGUGUCAACUUGCCAGCACAUCUUGUAAUUAUCAAGAAUACACAGCAAUAUGUUAAUGGAACUUAUCAGGAAUACAGCAUCAGUACGGUGCUGCAGAUGGUCGGCCGCGCCGGACGACCACAGUUCGAUUCCGAAGCCACAGCUGUUAUCAUGACACGUCUUGCUGACAAGGCAAGGUAUCAAGCUCUGGUUGGAGGAUGUGAGCCACUACAAAGCUACCUACAUAAACGCUUAGCGGAGAAUCUAAACAGCGAAGUGGCUCUGGGAACUGUGAUCGACCUAGCGCAAUGUGUUCAAUGGGUGCGAUCCACGUUUUUCUUCGUACGAGCAGCACGUGACCCCAAGAUGUAUCUAGGUCUACCGCAGUCAGCGCCCACAGAUCUUAUAUCCAAAAAAAUAGAAGAACUAUGCAUGAAAGCAGUGAACGGGUUGGAAAGCUCGGGUCUGAUGACAAAGGACGAGGUGUGCUGUAUACAAUCAACAGAGGCUGGCCGUCUGCUAUCGAUUUAUUAUUUGGACUUGGAAACCAUGAAACGUAUAAUGAAAAUAAAAGGCGACGAGUCUCUAGAACAGUUAUUAUGGGUUGUGUGCGAGAGUCACGAACUAUCUGAUAUGCACCUCCGUGUCGACGAACGGAGAUGCCUCAAUGCCCUCAACAGGAAUAAUACAGCCGCGACUAUACGUUUUCCUAUGAAGGGCAAGAUCAAUACAAGACAGAUGAAACUUAACUGCAUAAUCCAGGCCGUGCUCGGCUGCUUACCCAUCCAUGAACCUUCCUUAAACCAAGAGGCCAUCACGAUAAUGCGAAUCGCAGUCCGUAUUUGCAAAUGUUUAGUAUCUUACGUCACUCGACCGAAUGCAUUGAGAACUUCCUCUCAAAAUUAUCAGGCCAUAUUGAAUGCUAUAGUUUUAGCGAAAUGCAUGGAAUCACAACUUUGGGAGAACUCAAAAUACGUGAGCAAACAGUUGAAAGGUAUUGGCCCGACUUACAGCGCUUUGCUCGCUACUGCUGGCAAAAUUAAUUUUAUGUUACUAGAAGAGAGUGAUCCCCGAGAUUUGGAAAGGAUAAUGAAUAAAGGACCGCCGGCCGGUAAUGUUCUUCGUAAACAAAUAAGUUUACUUCCAAAAUAUCAACUAACAAUAACAUCAAUAGACGAAAAUAGCUUAAAAAUACAACUGAAACUGUUAAAUCAAAUGUAUUUGGCUGAGAAUCUGGAUCAAUUAACUGCCGGUGCCAACCACACAUCGUAUAUAAUUAUUGGAGAUUCUGAAAACUACCUAUUGAUAUUAGCACCGUUCAAAGACAAAGACUUAAUAACCUUUCACAAUGGCGAAAUCACAUACCAAACUGUUAGAAGACAUCAAUUUGAACACAAAAUUAUGGCUCAUUGUAUUAGUUCCAAUUUCGCUGGCAUUGAUGUACACUGUGAGUAUCUGUUUCAAGAAUUGGACUUCGGUUCAAAAGAUAUUAUACCAAUAUCUCCAAUAGAAAAAACAGACCGCAAAAAUAUUAAACAAACUGCCAUAACGGAUACUUUUAAAAUACGGAAAAGAAAAAACCAUGAUCCCGUUGAUACGAAUGUUGUAGAAAAGAAAAAAUAUAGACCUAACUUCAACAUACCUCAAAACCAGGUGCCAGUUGUAUCCGAUAAUGGAGGAAAUAAAACUUAUGAUUCAGAAGUUAGAACAACAAAAACUAGAAUUAGGUGUUUUAAUGAGACAAUGGAAAAAGAGAAAAACAACUUUAAUGUUAUUGAUAGAGCACAAAAUAAAGCAAUUUUUACGAAUUUUAGUGGUAUUAAUAAAGAAGAGGACGAUGAACAAAUAAAUGAAAUUUUAAAUGUAAUCGACAAUGAAAUUCUGCAACAAGAUAGACCUAACUUCAACAUACCUCAAAACCAGGUGCCAGUUGUAUCCGAUACUGGAGGAAAUAAAACUUAUGAUUCAGAAGUUAGAACAACAAAAACUAGAAUUAGGUGUUUUAAUGAGACAAUGGAAAAAGAGAAAAACAACUUUAAUGUUAUUGAUAGAGCACAAAAUAAAGCAAUUUUUACGAAUUUUAGUGGUAUUAAUAAAGAAGAGGACGAUGAACAAAUAAAUGAAAUUUUAAAUGUAAUCGACAAUGAAAUUCUGCAACAAGAUAGACCUAACUUCAACAUACCUCAAAACCAGGUGCCAGUUGUAUCCAAUACUGGAGGAAAUAAAACUUAUGAUUCAGAAGUUAGAACAACAAAAACUAGAAUUAGUGGUAGUAAUAAAGAAGAGGACGAUGAACAAAUAAAUGAAAUUUUAAAUAAAAUCGACAAAGAAAUUCUGCAACAAGAUAAACCUAAGUACGAUAUAACUGAAAAACAGGUGCCAGUUAUAUCUAAUCCUUAUAGUAUUAUGAAUAAGAAAGCAAACAGUAUGACUGAAACAGAGAACAGAGAGACAGAUGAACAGAGUACGUUUGUGAAUACUGUUAAAAAUCACAUUGACGAAUAUUUAGAAAAAGCUAAACAAAGUAGUAAAGUCGCAGAAAAACAAGUUCUACAAUUGGUAGAAAUAAGUCCCAAUAAAUCAAUCACCAAAUCAUUAUGUAAAAAGAAAACCAAUGCAAAUCAAAACAUUGUCUCCACUGAUAAAGGUCUUUCAGAAACUAAUGACCAAAAGAAUGUUUAUUUAACUGACAAAAACAUCGAUGAUACUAUAAGUGACAAUAAAAACGAGAAUACUGUUUCAAUUUAUGAAAAUAAGGAAAACGUUGAAGAAUUUAAAUUACCACAAAUUCAAAAGGAAGACCUCGACUAUGCAAUUGCCUCCGAAAUUUCAAAUAUCAACAAAACCAAUAGUAAUCAAGAAAAUUCAAAGAGGGUUAUUCAAAUUACACAAACACUAGAUGUAUUUGGAAUACCAGUGACAUAG